AUGGAGGCGGCGGAGGGAGCAAUGCGGAUGGGGAAGUACGAGAUGGGGCGGACGCUGGGGGAGGGGCACUUCGGCAAGGUGCGGCUGGCGCGGCACGCCGAGAGCGGCCGCGCCUUCGCCAUCAAGAUCCUCGACCGCCAGCGCAUCCUCGCCAUGAAGAUCAACGAGCAGAUAAAGACGGAGAUCGCGACGCUGAAGCUGCUCAAGCAUCCUAACGUCGUCCGGCUCUACGAGGUUUCGGCGAGUAAGACCAAGAUAUACAUGGUCCUUGAGUAUGUAAAUGGAGGAGAGCUAUUCGACAAAAUCGCGUUAAAGGGCAAGCUGCCAGAGAAAGAAGCGAGGAAACUGUUCCAGCAGCUGAUGGAUGCUAUAAGCUAUUGCCACGAGAAGGAAGUUUACCAUAGGGAUCUUAAGCCAGAGAAUGUCCUGGUUGAUGCAAAAGGGAACAUAAAGGUUUCUGAUUUCGGGCUAAGUGCCUUUUCACAGCAUCAACGGAAAGAUGGAUUACUGCAUACCACAUGUGGCAGCCCGAACUACAUAGCACCUGAGGUCCUUCUCAACAGAGGUUAUGAUGGCUCCAUGUCAGACAUUUGGUCCUGUGGUGUUAUCCUGUACGUAAUGCUUACAGGGAAUCUUCCAUUUGACGACGACAAUAUCGUUGUACUUUAUCAGAAGAUUCUGAAGGGGACUGUCCAUAUUCCUAAAUGGCUUUCGCCAAGCGCCCAAGAUAUACUGCGGAAAAUCCUGGAUCCUAACCCCAUUACCCGCUUCGGUAUAGAUGGAAUAAGGGCACAUGAUUGGUUCAAUCAAAGUUAUACUCCGGCUGUGCCCUUUGAUGAUGAUGACGAUAAUUACAUUGGUGAUGACAACCCACAGAUGCCUAAGCACAAUGGCAUUCUGGACAACCCUGCGAUCAACCAGAUCAAUGCUUUUCAACUCAUUGGGAUGUCCUCUUGCCUUGAUUUAUCUGGAUUUUUCGAGAAAGAGGAUGUCUCCGAAAGGAAAAUCAGAUUUGCAUCAAACCAUUCUCCUACUUAUCUAUUUGAGAAGAUAGAAAGCAAUGUCACAAACAUGGGCUUCCAAGUGCAGAGGAACAAUGGCAAGCUAAGAGUGGUCCAAGAACGCAAGGGACCAACAAAUCCAAGAGGGCAUGGAUCAUUAUUAAUUUCUGCUGAGGUGUUUGAGAUCAAUGAAUCUCUUUAUGUUGUUGAGCUAAAAAGGUCAUCUGGAGAUUGUUCCCUAUAUAGACAGGUGUGUGCCACACUCUCAGAUGACUUGGGAAUAUGCAAAAGCCAGCAACUUUUGAAAAAGGAUAGUAUGAGACAAGAGCUUUAUCGAUUUAACAGUAGCUUUUGAUACCCUACCCCGAUCUCUCUGUUUCUUCUUUAGCAAGAGUACUCACUAGGUAAAAGGGCCCUCCCAUUUUUAACAAGAGGACCUGGUAGGAACCAAGUACGAACAUUUUCGUAAACCUAAGUUGUAAAUAUAUGGUCGGAUUGUG